CCCUCCGCCGGCCCCCGGCGCCCGGCCGGUGCCCUGCUGGCGGCCGCUUCCCCCUCCGCCGGCCGAGCGGCGGCCCCGCGCAUCGGAUGCGGCGUCCGCCUCUUCUCCACCGCCUCCUGGAAAAAGGGCGGUCACGUGACAUCAGGCCGGACACUGAUCACAUCGGAGAGCAGCCUGGCCCCGUUCAAGGAGCGCAGCCAGCUGAAGAACUCCCGCAGAAUCGUCGUCAAGAUGGGCUCUGCGGUCAUCACGCGUGAAGACGAGUGCGGCCUGGCGCUAGGACGACUCGCAUCCAUCGUGGAGCAGGUGGCAGAGCUGCAGAACGAGGGCCGCGAGUGCCUGAUGGUCACGUCAGGAUCCGUGGCGUUCGGGAAGCAGAAGCUGACCGAAGAGCUUAUCAUGUCGCUCAGCAUGAGAGAGACCAUCUCGGGAAACAACGGCAUCAAGGCCAGGAGGAGCGGCAUCUACACGCUGGAGCCGCGGGCGGCUGCCGCUGUCGGCCAAUCGGGCCUCAUGUCGCUCUAUGACGCCAUGUUCGCCCAGUACGGCGUGCGGAUAGCUCAGAUCCUGAUCACACGGCCAGACUUCUACUCGGACGAGAUCAAGCAGAACCUGUACGAGACUAUGUCGGAGCUGAUAUCUCUCAACAUCGUUCCAAUCGUGAACACCAACGACGCCGUGGCGCCGCCGGCACAGAUUGACGACGACCUAGCUGGGCGUCUGCAGCCAGCAAAAGGCCCAGUGAUCAGCAUCAAGGACAACGACAGCCUGGCGGCGCGGCUAGCCGCUCAGAUGCACGCCGACCUGCUCAUCCUGAUGACGGACGUGGACGGCCUGUACACGCGUCCGCCAGAUCAGGACGGCGCGCGCCUGAUCGACACGUACGUGCCCAGCGACGGCGCCGACGAGGUGCAGUUUGGCGGCAAGUCCCGCGUCGGCACCGGCGGCAUGGACUCCAAGGCCAAGGCAGCCACCUGGGCGCUCGACCACGGCGUCUCCGUCGUCAUCUGCAAUGGCCUGCAGGACAAGGCCAUCAAGGACAUCGUGGCCGGCCGGCGGGUCGGCACGUUCAUCGCCAAGCAGAACCCGGGUGGCGCCGCCGUCGAGGUGCUGGCCAAGGGCGCGCGGCGCGGCGGCCGCACCCUGCAGUCGCUGAGCUGGCAGGAUCGAGCCGGCGUCAUCACCGCUCUGGCCGGCCUGCUCGAGGCGCGCUGCCCAGAAAUCCUGGCCGCCAACGACAAGGACCUGCGUCAGGCCAAGGCCGAGCGGCUGUCCGAGGCGCUGCAGGCGCGGCUGAAGCUGACGCCCGAGAAGCUGGCCGAGCUGGCCAGCGGGCUGCGUCAGAUCGCCGCCGACGGCCGGCGCCAGCUGGGCCGCGUGCUGCGCCGCACGCAGCUGGCGCCUGGCAUGGAGCUGCGCCAGGUGACUGUGCCGCUCGGCGUGCUGCUCGUCAUCUUCGAGUCGCGCCCCGACUGCCUGCCGCAGGUGGCGUCUCUGGCCAUCAGCACGGGUAACGGGCUUCUCCUGAAGGGUGGACGCGAGGCCAAGCACAGCAACGAAUACCUCAUGCAGCUGGUUAAGGAGGCGUUGUCCACUGUCGGAGCCAAGAACGCCGUAGGACUGGUCAGUGGUCGGGAGGAGAUCAGUGACCUGCUGCAGCUGGACGACUGCAUCGACCUGGUGAUCCCGCGUGGCAGCGGCGAGCUGGUGCGCGAGAUCCAGACCCAGAGCCGCCACAUCCCCGUGCUGGGUCAUAGCGAAGGCGUGUGCCACGUGUACAUCGAUAAGGACGCCGAUAUGGAAAAAGCGCUACAGAUUGUCAAGGACAGCAAAUGCGACUACCCAGCCGCGUGCAACGCUAUGGAGACGCUGCUUCUCCACGAGGACCUCAUGAAGGUGCCGCACAUCUUCGACGGCAUCUGCCACAUGCUCAAGUCGAACGGCGUGCAGCUGCGCUCGGGGCCGCGGCUGAACUCUCUGCUGACCUUCGGCCCGCCGCUGGCCUCGUCCCUACGCACCGAGUACGGCGACCUCGAGUGCUGCAUCGAGCUGGUGGACGACACGGCCGCCGCCAUCGAGCACGUCCACGAGCACGGCUCGGGCCACACCGACUCGAUCGUGACCGAGAACGCCGCCGAGGCAGCCCGCUUCCUGGACGGCGUCGACAGCGCCUGCGUCUUCCACAACGCCAGCACGCGCUUCGCCGACGGCUACCGGUUCGGCCUGGGCGCCGAGGUGGGCAUCAGCACGGGCCGCAUCCACGCGCGCGGUCCGGUCGGCGUCGAAGGCCUGCUCACCACCAAGUGGGUGCUGCACGGCUCCGGCGACACGGUCGAGGACUUCAAGACGGGGCGCAACGCGUUUGUGCACCAGGCGCUGCCCGUGGACGAGGGACCCGAGGAGCCGGCCGUCCGCGGCACGGACAAGAUCGAGUCUGUGCUGGAGUGACGUCACACCGGCGGGCCCGUGGUGCCGCGGAGGAACAGCCCCGACGCCACGACGGUGGAGACUUCAGGUGUCGCCAGCCGGCCCUGGCUAGGUCGUGACAGCGCUGGCUGACUCCGCACUCGCUCCCGUGUCGGGGUCCCUAGGUGGACGAACUGAUACUGAGGAGCAUGAACACUGAUAUUGAUUCUGAGAAGCGUACAGUGCUCACGCAUGCUGCGUUUGACGGAACGAGAAAGCUCCGGCGCAUCUCGCCACGCGCUGCUGACU